CCUCCCGGACCAGGGCACGAACCCACGUCCCCUGCAUCGGCAGGCGGACUCUCAACCACUGCGCCACCAGGGAAGCCCUCAUCUGUGGCUUUUUUGGCAGACUUGACUAGUUGCAACAGAGACUUCAUGGCCCACAACACCUAAACUGUUUCCUGUCUGGCCCAUUUUCAGAAAAAGUUUGCUCUAGAAGUUCAGAGGGAGAAGGACUGCAGUGGGCGGGGGCUUCAAGGAAGAGGUGGUCUUUGAGCUGAACCUCAGCAGGAGGUGAGUGGGGGAAGGGUGGAGGACACUGCAGCACUACAGACAGAAAGGGUUUCAGGUCUUGGGAGUAAAGGCAAGAAGGUGGCUCACGUGUGGUUUGUGGGGUUAGAAGUUUGUAUAAGGAAUAAGAGGAAAUAAGGGUUAUAACGUGAAGAUCUUUGAACUUCGGUGAAGGACUUUAGAUUUCAGUUCUCUGGCUAUGGGGAGCCGCUUCAGGUCUGCGAGUAGGGGAGGUCCUGAUAAAAUGGGUUAGGAACGUGUACCUGGCCGUGAUGCGUAGGAUGGGUUGGGGAAGGAAGAAAUCAGGGAGUUUAUUGGGCAGCUUUCUCUAGAAAGACUGCAGUAACAAGUCAGAGGUUUACUUCUAGCUCACAUUUCAUUUGCUUGAGGCUCUUUUCUGAGAGUCUUCAUUGCUGGAUCGGGGACGUGCCCUUGUUUGGGACACGCUAUUCUUAUGGCAAGAGAGUGGCAGAGACUCAGCCUCUCUUUGAGCUUCAGCUUAGAACUGGAGACUCAAGUUCUGUGGCCAAAGCAGGUCUCCUGGCCCAGCCCCGGGAGAGGAGAUACGUCCCACGGCCAGGGGCAGGCUGUAGGAUGGACAGCCCUCUUACAGGGAGGGUGGCCAAAUAACCAGAGCCAAUGCUAGGACCACCCCAAGGGAGCAGACAAGUGCCAGCCGCACUUCUUCCCUUAGCCGCCUGCGCGGAAGCCCUGCAGGCGUCUCAGGCCUUGCCUCCUGCCUCACUUCUAGCCUUGGCCGCCUGGUGCUCUGGGCCCAUCAUGUGCUAGGUUCUUCCCCCGCAUGCUGCUGCUCCCUGCCUUGCUCGUCGUACCUUCCACGUAGUUAAUGAAUCCCCCUUCCUCUGGCAGCAGGGCCAGCUGCCAGGCGGGGCCUGUGCCUGUCUCGUCCGCACUGUGGCGGUGCCUCCUGGCUGGACCCCCUCACCUCUAUCUUCCACGCAGCUGCUCAGGGCAUGUGUGCAGGUCAGUGUUCUCAUCCAGCGGUGGUUCAUCUGGAGACAUUUGCGGUCGUCCCAACUGGGAGCAGGUGCAGCGGCAGCGAAUGUGUGGAGGCCAUCCCGUGCUACCCAGGAUGCUCCGUGGCCGAGGAGCAGGCCCUGGGCAUGUGUGCCAGUUGUGCUGCUGCUCUGCCCUCCUCCCCGGCUCGCCGUGCCCCCUGGACUGCUGUCCGUGGCCCAGCGUGCCCCGACUCGCACCCAGCGCUCCGGCGACUCUGGCUGAGCACCGCCAGGCCCAGCCCUGCUCCGCAUUCUCUCUUCCCCUCACACAAGCAGGGCUCGGGGGCUCCUUAGGCCCUCACUGGGGCCUGCCUGGGGCCUGAUCUGUCCCCAUGCCAGGCACGCUCUGCACAGCCUCCAGUUGUCCCCCUCUGCACAGGGAGUCCUCGAGGGCAGCGGACUCAGUGCCUCGUGUAGCAUUUCCUUUGUGUCUUAACAUCAGCAGGGAUGGACGCCUUUGGGUGGGAGUCACCGUUGUGCUUCCCAGGUUGACACAGCAGCGGCUGCUUCCAGCUACCUGAGGCCUCUCAUCUCUUGCUUUCCUAAGUGUAAAUGUUUUAAUUCUCAUAGGUUCUUUUCAUUUUUGCUCCUUAAAAGGUUAAAAAAUUUUGUACUACGUAACAUCUUCAGGGUUUGAAGGCACAGAGGGUGCACAGUGUAGCUGUCUGUUGCCUCCAUCCCUUCUCUGCCCCCAGAAGCCUGGUCCCCUGGAGGCACCCACUCCAUCUCCUUCUAGAGAUACUUCGUUGUAACUAUGCACGCAAACAUGUAUAUGUCUUCUUUUUUUCCCGCUCUUUUCUUUAAAAAAUUUUUCGUAACCUCGCCUUUUUAACUAAAUGUGUUUGGGUUUGGGAAGUCACUCCAUAUCAGUACAUUUUCCAGUUCAUUCUUUUUCAUGACUACAUCGUGUCUGGCUGUGUGGAGGUGCUAUAAUUUAUCUAACCAGCCCCUGCUGGUGAACAUCAUAUUUUGCGCAGUUAAAAUCAGGCUGCAGGCACAGCAUUGUGGACAUGUGCACGUGUGCCUGUGGGGCCCAUCCCUAGAAGUGACAUCUCUUUGUUUAAUCACUGUUGAUUCUGUUAGAUCAGGUUUUGCUUUUGUUUCUUAAUGUCUUUAACUGUACUUUCUGUGGUCAUUUAUUUCUCCCAGUUAUCUGUCUGUAUUUUAAAUAAUAUAGGAUGGUCAGAUUAGGUGAGUUUCUCAGUUGGAAAUUGGCUCACCUUUCAUGUGUUCUUAUAGGUAGGAGUGACUAGGAAAACAUAUCCACACAAAAACUUGUACACAGAAGUUCACAGUAGCAUCAUUCAUAAUAGCCAAAAAGGGGAAACAACCAAAAUGUCCAUCAGCAGACGAACGGACAAACAAAGUGUGUUCUGUCCAUACAGUGGAAUAUUAUUUGGGAAUAAAAAGAAAGGAAGUACUGAUUCAUGCUACAAUGUGGAUGAAUCUUGGAACAUUAUGCUGAGUGAAAGAAGCCAGACACAAAGGUCUGGCUUUGUACGGUUCCAUUGAUAUGAAAUGCCCCAAACAGGCAAAUCCAUAGGGACAGAAAGUAGAUUAGUGGUUGCCAGGGGCUGGGAAAUGACAGCUAAGGCGUAUGGGGUUUCUUUUUGGGUAAUGAAAAUAUUCUAAACUUGACUGUGGUGAAGACUGUGCCUAUCUGUGAAUAUACUGAAAUAUUCUAAAAUUGUAUGCUUUAAAUGGGUGAAUUGUAUGGUAUGUGAAUUACAUCUCAAUAAAGCUGUUAAAAAUAAGAGUGAUUAGGAUUUUUAAGGAGGGAGCGUUCCAAGGGGGGGCCCAAGGCCUUAGAGUUGACUCUGUCCUGGGCUUGUGGUGAGAAGUCCAGUGGGCAGCACGGUGACGCCCGGAUCGGCCUUUGAGAUACUGGGUAUAGUGGACACAGCACUGUUCCCACUGCGGAAGACUUGAGUUCAGCCUUGACUCAGUCCCCGAGGAGUGUGGUCCAUCACAGGGCGGUGCCUUCUCGACUGCUGCUGAGGGCAUCCCACUGACCUGCUGACAUCCGUCCACCUGGGUCCUCAGGAAAAGGCUGCGAUGUCCCAGACGCAGGACUACGAAUGCGAGAGCCAUCAUGCUGGCCUGCAGGAGCCUCGGCUUUCAGGAUCUAGCACGAGGCUGGAGUGGGUGGAGAUCAUCGAGCCGCGCACGCGCGAGCGCAUGUACGCCAACCUGGUCACGGGCGAAUGCGUGUGGGACCCGCCGGCCGGCGUGCGCAUCAAGCGCACCAGCGAGAACCAGUGGUGGGAGCUCUUCGACCCCAACACGUCGCGCUUCUACUACUACAACGCCACCACCCAGCGCACGGUGUGGCACCGGCCGCAGGACUGCGACAUCAUCCCCCUGGCCAAGCUGCAGACCCUGAAGCAGAACACCGACUCCCCCAGAGCCUCGGCUGAGAACAGCCCUGGGAGGGGCAGCAGCGUCAGCCACGACGGCAGCACCAGCUCGUCCCUGGAGCCCGAGCUGGAUGCCGGCGACAAGGUGCAGGAGAGUGUGGGGCGAGCCAGCCGGCAGGCCGUGCUCGGGGCGGUGAAGGAGGAGAGCGGCAGUUCCUCACCGUCAGGAGGUCUUCUUGAGAAGGACUAUGAGAUUUACCAGGACUACAGUGCGGACGGCCACCUUCUCCACUGCAGGACCUCCUCGCUCCGCUGGAACUCGGGCACCAAGGAGCGCAUGCUCAUCAAAGUUGCCGACAGGGAGCCCAGCUUCCUUUCCCCCCAGGGCAACGGCUACCCCCUGGACAGCCAGCCCAGGGGUCGCUCCCGCAGACCCUCUGGGGGACAGCACUCGCCCAGCCUACAGACCUUCACCUCCGACGCGGACGGCCCUGUCUUCUUCUCAGAGCGGAGGCCGUCACCCUUCCUGAAGAGGGCUGAGCUGGGGAGCUGCUCCCCACUGCUGGCCCAGCCCCGCAAGCCCGCCGCCGACUCUCAGCCGUCCUCCCCGCGUUACGCCUACGAGCCCCCCCUCUACGAAGAGCCCCCCGUGGAGUACCAGGCCCCCAUCUAUGACGAGCCCCCCAUGGAUGUGCAGUUUGAGGCCGGCGGGGGCUAUCAGGCCAGCUCGCCUCGGCGGUCUCCCAGCCGCAAGCCGCCCAAGCAGGCCUCGGCGUCGCCCUACCAGCAGCUGGUGCUCACCAGGCAGAAGUGCCCCGAGCGCUACCUGAGCCUGGAGUACAGCCCGGCUGGCAAGGAGUAUGUCCGCCAGCUGGUGUAUGUGGAGCAGGCCGGCUCCAGCCCCAAGCUGCGCGCGGGCCCGAGGCACAAGUACUCGCCCCACCCAGGCGGCGGCUCCCUCUCCCUGCAGCCCAGCCCUUGCCUGCUGCGCGACCAGCGCCUGGGGGUCACGUCCGGGGACUACAGCAGCAUGGAGGGGCCCGAGCUGCGGUCCGCCCAGCCGCCCAUGCCACUACCCCAGGCCCAGGACGAUGCCAUGUCCUGGUCCAGCCAGCAGGACACCAUGUCCUCGACGGGCUGCUCCCCCAGCACACGAAAGAGGAAGAGCAGGAACCCCUCUGCGUGCCACACCCCCAGCGCCCUGUCCACCGAGGGCCCCGGGGACCGCGACCCGCUUGGCCAGCAGCCCCUGACCGAGGAGCGGCCCCUGUGCGGCCCCAGCCUGGCGCCCACAAGGCGUGCAGAGGGCGAGGCGCGUGAGGGGGACGGGACCCGGGGCGAGGCCGAGCCCUUCCUGGCUCAGGCCCGGCUGGCCUGGGAGGCACAGCAGGCCCGCUUGCACAUGAAGCAGAGGGGCAGCUGGGACUCACAGCAGGACGGCUCGGGCUACGAGAGCGACGGGGCCGUGCCGCUGCCCAUGCCUGGGCCUGUGGUGCGCGCCUUCAGCGAGGAUGAGGCGCUGGCCCAGCAGGAGAGCAAAAAGCACUGGCAGAGGGCCGCCUCGGACCGGCUCGCCUUCCCCCAGGCCCUGCUCGAGAAGAGCGUGUCUGUGCAGACCAGCCUGGCCUCCCCGGAGCCCUACCUCCACCCCUCUCAGUCUGAGGACCUCGGCACCUGCGCCCAGUUCGAGAGCAGCCGGCAGACCCGGAGCGUGAUGCCCAGCGCCAGCUGCGUGUUCCCCACCUUCACACUUCGCAAGCCGUCCUCGGAGACCGACAUCGAGAACUGGGCCUCCAAGCACUUCAACAAACACACACAGGGCCUCUUCCGGCGGAAGGUGUCCAUUGCCAACAUGCUGGCAUGGAGCAGCGAGUCUAUCAAGAAGCCCAUGAUCGUGACCAGCGACCGCCACGUGAAGAAGGAGGCCUGUGAGGUCUUCAAGCUGAUCCAGAUGUACAUGGGCGACCGGCGCGCCAAGGCCGACCCGCUGCACGUGGCCCUGGAGAUCGCCACCAAGGGCUGGAGCGUGCAGGGCCUGCGGGACGAACUCUACAUCCAGCUGUGCCGGCAGACCACCGAGAACUUCCGCCUCGAGAGCCUGGCCCGCGGCUGGGAGCUCAUGGCCAUCUGCCUGGCCUUCUUCCCGCCCACGCCCAAGUUCCACUCCUACCUGGAGGGCUACAUCUACCGGCACAUGGACCCCGUCAACGACACCAAAGUGACACAGCACAUGAAAGCGCUUCUGGAAAGGAACAGUAAGAAGAAGUCCAAGUUGAGAAAGAAACCCAAGCCUUAUGUUGAGGAGCCGGAUGGGGUGGCAAUAAGCACGUACGCCAAGUACUGUUACCACAAGCUGCAGAAGGCGGCCCUGACUGGAGCCAAGAAGGUGGCCCAGCAGGAGGCGCCUCUGGUGACUCAGGGGCCAGGGAGUUGGGGGUCCCCGGCUCGGGCCUGGGGCUCACAGGGACGAGAGGACAGAAGGAGGAAAGAGGGCGGUGCGCUGCAGGAGGUCAUGAGCAUGCAGAGGGAGCGCUUCCCCGAUCGGCAGCUGCCCUGGGUGCAGACUCGGCUGUCGGAGGAGGUGCUUGCACUCAACGGUGACCAGACGGAAGGCAUCUUCAGAGUCCCUGGGGACAUUGAUGAGGUGAAUGCCCUGAAGCUACAGGUGGACCAGUGGAAGGUGCCUACAGGCCUGGAGGACCCCCACGUCCCAGGUAAGCCCCCAGUCCCCUCAGCAGCAGGAGCAGCUCGGACGGUUCAGCCCUCCCUGCUUUCCGUCGUGAAGGGACAGCCCUCUGGUCCAUUUCCAGCACAGACGUCCCCCUGCCGUUGGACAGCCUCCGCGGCGCCUCCCUCCGCUUGCCUGCGCACGGUGGCUGCACAGCCUCUCUUGGUUCCCGGCGCUCGGGGUCAGUCCAGGCCCUCAGGACCAGGAGCCCGCAGGCCUCCGGCCGCGCAGUCCACACGGCUGGGUGGACACCUCCCGUCUGGUCCUGGCCCCUCGCCCCCACUCCCGACACACACGGCCGCUUUCGCCCCUUGCUGCUGGUGGGGCGGGUCCCCGACUGCCCCGCCCAGCCGAAACCCCCGCGCUGCGUCCCCAGCGUCGCUGCUGAAGCUGUGGUACCGGGAGCUGGAGGAGCCCCUGAUCCCCCACGAGUUCUACGAGCAGUGCAUCGCGCACUACGAGAGCCCCGAGGCCGCCGUGGCCGUGGUGCACGCCCUGCCCCGCAUCAACCGCCUGGUGCUGUGCUACCUCAUCCGUUUCCUCCAGGUGUUCGUGCAGCCCGCCAAUGUGGCCAUCACCAAGAUGGACGUCAGCAACCUGGCCAUGGUGAUGGCGCCCAACUGCCUGCGCUGCCGCUCGGACGACCCGCGCAUCAUCUUUGAGAACACUCGCAAGGAGAUGUCCUUCCUGCGCGUGCUCAUCCAGCACCUGGACACCACCUUCAUGGAGGGCGUGCUAUAGCGCGUGGGCACCGAGGGACCGAGGGUGGGGACAGAGCCUGCCCGGCUGCGCCCGGGCAGGGGGCACGCGGGGAGGGGGGAGGGGACGCCCGAGAAGCGGAGGUAGCAUGCCGGCUCCGCCCAUGCCCGCCCCAGCCCUGGAACCCGCAUCCCCCGACCCGGGCCCUCGGCCUGAAGGCGCAACCAAGGCAGAGGGGCUGCGGGAAGGGCGCCUCUGCCCCGCCCCGGGCCUCGUGGCCGUGUCGUUCGGCGCUGCCGCGCCCACCGCCAGCCGCGGUCCGGCCGCGAGAAAGUGCCUUCUGUUUCCUGGAGCCAAGUGACACUGCCCCUCCCGGCCGGCCCGAGAGCACAAGCCGCCCUUGCUGGGGCGAGCCGCCUUGCUGGGGCUGCUGCGCUCAGCUUGGCCCCGGCCCAGCCCGGCUGCCCAUCUUCCUCUUCCUCUGCCCUCCCCCUGACCUGGGGGGGGGGUCUCCUGAUCUGCGACUUCCGCCCCCCCCAGUCCCUUCCCGCCCCCUCCCCCUGCCACUUGUGGCCUCCAGCGUGGUGACUGCACAGGAGUUUGGGGGCUCCAGGGCUCUGGGCUUUUCACCACCAGAGCAGAACCUGGCUGGUGCUGGGCCCGAUAGGCUCUCUCUGGGUAGAAAGGGGCCCCCAAGCCAAAGUCCUCUGGGGUUGGGGGCAGGGUUGGGCAGGCAUUCUUUGGGCAGGGUGGGGGAGGGGCAAGAGUAUUUUUUCUUCGUGUAACUAUAAAUUCAGAAUCUAUCCCGCAUCCCAACCCGCCUGUGUAUAGAGAGAUAAAUAGAGCGAAAGAUAUAAGAACUAAAUUUGCUAAUGACAUAGUCUUAACCCAAAUGUUAUUUAUUUGAGGCUUCUCCCGUCCUCUGCAGACAAGUUGAGAUCAUUCCUUCAUUUUCUUCUCCACCCUCUUGGCUUCUGACCAAAAAUCAAACCCUGCCCCAUCCCCAUCCAGGACCUGCAGCAGAUGAGAGGGAAGGAGCCCUGAACUGGGGGACCAGAGGGGCACCGGCGACUGCCCUUCCUCGAGGCCAGAGCCGGGGCGGGGGGUAGGGUGGGUGGGUGGAGGGGAGGUAUCUAGACUCUCAGUUUGUACAUUUUCCAAUUUGUAAUUUGAGUUCCAAUUGUGGUAAAACUUAAUUUCUCCCCGGUUAUAUAUAUAUAUAUAUAUAUAUAUAUAUUUAGAGUUGAGUUUUUAUUUAUUAAGAACAAAAGAACCCAGUCCUGCCGAGGCCCGGUGUCCACUGGGGGAGCGUCCUCAGUCCGGGGGUCUCGGGGCCUGGGUAGGGGCGGCCCGGCCACAGACUCUCGCUCUGAUGCACGGACUCGAGAGAUGACAACACUUUGUGUGAAUAAAGUACGUAUGGACACUU